AUGCCGCGCUACUACCAAGACAAGGAGUACCGCUCUUCCCGCCGAAACCCGGAGCGCUGCGACGGCAGGCACCCUCAUCCAUUCAUCUAUCAGGGCCCGCACGACUGUGCCGCCGCCAACCCGUACUCGUACCCGUACCAGCACCAGUACCCGACCCAGUACCAGCACCCGAUGCUGUAUUCGCAACCGACGCAGUACCAGCAACCGAUGCAGUACCAAUAUCCAAUCCAGUACCAAUACCCAGUCCAGUACCAAUACCCAGUCCAGUACCAGCACCCGGGCCCAUAUCAGAAUCAGUACCUGAACGAAUAUUGGAGCACCAACUCGACGACCUUGCGACCGGCAGAGCCCCGGAUGUACCCUUUUGGACCCCAAACGUAUCACCCUCCCGGCUUCCCGAUCGCCGCGCAGCAGCCUCUUCCGCAGAUUGCCUACUGGCCGCAAGGGCCUUUGCACAUAGUCUCGUUGCCGGCAAACCCGAGGUACCAGAUCACGCAAUAG